AUGGCGCGCAUCAACGCUCAUUUCGUCGAUAUUAUUGAGGGCCCUGCAUACCGCGUGCUGGGGGAGGAUGAAAGUCCCGUCUGGGGGUGGAUGGUAGUGAAUUUUCCCAACAGAGGCCUACAGAUUUUCCUCCCAGAUGGUACUUUCUAUCGCGAGAUCUGCGUUGGCGGGCCCAAGGGCACGCUGACAUCGGACGAGUGGCUGCCAUUCGGGCCGCCAGAGCAUAGCACUCCUGCUAAGCGACCAGCAGAGGAACAGCUGCAAAAGCUGAUCAAGCAGCUUCAAGAUCCUGAUUAUCUGAAGGGCUUCAUACGGAUGAUCAACGAAGCUAGCCGCAACAAUCCAGCACCGCCAAAGGCGUAUGCAGGCACUGUCAAUUCUAUCAUCGGGAGACCUUUGGCUCUGGUGAACAUGGGAUGGUCCCUCGAACUCGCUGGCGAUGCCUAUGCGAAUCAGUCCUCUUUUUUCCCCAACCACAUACCGGGCGAGCAAACAUUGCUCUCAUCGAAGGAGGUUUAUAAGUUACCAGUCAAAAUCGGUGAUCGUAAUCGUCUGUUUGAUGGCAUGCUUGGCUAUUUCAAACCACUUAAGAAGGACAGAAAAUCUGGGAAUUACUUUGAUCUCACACGGCUACAUACGUUCUAUGUUGAAGAUCAUAACGGCAAGAAGGAUCCCCGCUCAGCAAUUGACAUUGCCCAGCCUCCUAUGUCCCUGUCGCCGACGUGGGUUUCCCCCCUGAAUCGAUAUUCUCCUGGAGGCAAGGCCACGAAGACUGUCAGCCCCAGCGAUUACAAGCGGGCUUACAGCGGGAAUCUACAAGUUGUGGCGGCUGUCAUUGACCCUUUCACAGCGGUAACAGUUCACAGUGGCAUCCUACCACCAAAAUCUCUCCAGAUUCCUGAGUUUGUAUGGCAGGAUGCCUUCCAGAACAUGACCGCCUUCUUCCGGGUUGGGCCUGUGAUAAUGAGUACAGGAGUGCCGUCAUACCAGAAAGACAGUCGACAGACCGACCGGUGGGAGGAGGUCGAGCCCGUUCGUUCAAAUGUCCGCUUUCAUACCAUGCAGGGUGAGAAGUGGGCAUGGCUGCAGCCCUAUGAAGAUGAGGGCGAAAAAGUCUAUAUGCCCUUGACGGUGGGCCAGGUUGAGCCGGGUCUGACCUUUGAGCCAGGUCCGUAUACUGCCAUCGAAGGAUACUUGCAUUUGAGGAAGUCCUUGGCCUCGAAGAAAUCAUGA